AUGGUUCUCAGCUCGUCUUCCUCUUCGUCUGCCUUCUGGCUUGGCUCGCUGAUUGUUAGCCUCGAUCUUCUGUUAGUAAGGGCGUAUGACAAUAGUAGGUCGGUCAACCUUGCCGUCUAUUGGGGCCAAGACUCAUACGGCUCCACUGGUAGCAACACCGCAUACUACCAACAGAACAUUUCGUACUAUUGUCAGGAUGAUGUGAUUGAUGCGAUCCCAAUGGCUUUUCUCAACGUUUUCUUCGGCGAAGGUGGCGAGCCAUCACUCGAUCUUGCUAAUGUCUGCAGCACUGCCAACGACCCUGUAUUUGAGGAUACCCAGCUGCCUGAGUGUCAGUUUAUGGCGGCCGACAUUGAGUACUGUCAAAGUGCCGGGAAGAUCGUCACGAUGAGUCUCGGAGGCGCCACUGGCGAUGCAGGGUUCGCCAAUGCGAGUCAGGCUGAGGGUUUCGCGCAGACAAUCUGGGACUUGCUCCUUGGAGGAUCAAGUAGCACUCGUCCGUUCGGCGAUGCCGUGUUAGAUGGCAUUGAUCUCGAUAUUGAGGGUGGUUCUUCGGAUUAUUUCACAAACUUUGUGUCUACUCUGCGAUCGCUCAUGGACUCCGGAGAUAAGACGUACUACAUUACGGCUGCUCCUCAGUGCCCGUUCCCAGACGCAUACAUUGGAAGCGUAAUCGAUGCCGAAUCGUUCGAUGCAAUCUACGUGCAAUUCUACAACAACUACUGCGGGCUUACGAAUUACGAUGACUCGAACGACUGGGACUUUUCGACAUGGGAUAAUUGGGCAAAGAACACCUCGCCAAACCCCAGCGUUAAGGUCUACAUUGGUGCGCCAGCUGCCUCCGCUGCAGCCGGCUCAGGAUACGUCGAUGCCGCGACAUUGGGAGAGAUCGCGAUCCAGACGCGCGAGCAAUACUCGUCAUUCGGCGGAGUGAUGUUGUGGGAUGCGUCCCAGGCGUAUGCCAACGACCGCUUUGACGAGCAGAUCAAGAGCUCGAUCACGGAAACGGGCUCGACGACGACUGCGACGACGAGCACGACAACGGCAGCGACAAGCACAACGUCGAGCACGACCACCACACCUACUACGACGCAGACGCCAACGACGUCGACGACAACUACCUCUGCGGCUACCUCCACGACGACGGCGUCUAGUGGUACGGUCGACUGCACCGGCGUAGCUGCUUGGGUCGCUAACGUUGCUUACGUCGGUGGUGAUCAGGUCGUCUACAAUGGCGAUCUCUGGACUGCCAAGUGGUGGAGCUACGCUGAUACCCCAGGAGGCGCUGCGGGCGAUUGGACAGAUGAUGGCGCCUGCGGUACCACAAACGCGGUGAACGGCUACGGGAAGGUGUCUUAUCAGCAGAAGGAGGCGCCCUUGACCGUCGGCCCGAAAGUCUCAGCAGUGCCCAAUCUUUCCUUAUCGUCGCGACUUGCAGCGCAGACCGCUGCUCCUGCUCGGCGAAACUCACGCUUCUUCAGAUUUUAG